AUGUCUCUCAACGCCGGCGACAGCUUCCCCGAGGAUGUUAAGUUCUCUUACAUCCCCUGGUCCGAGGAAUCUGCUGAGUUCAACGCCUGCGGUAUCCCCAUCAACUACAACGCCUCCAAGGAGUUCGCCAACAAGAAGGUCAUCCUCUUCGCUCUGCCCGGUGCAUUCACCCCCGUCUGCUCCGCCAACCACGUUCCCGAGUACGUUGCUAAGCUCCCCGAGAUCCACGCCAAGGGUGUCGACCAGGUCGCUGUUCUGGCCUACAACGAUGCCUACGUCAUGAGCGCCUGGGGCAAGGCCAACGGUGUUACCAGCAAUGACAUUCUCUUCCUUUCCGACCCCGAGGCCAAGUUCUCCAAGUCCAUUGGCUGGGCCGACGCCGAGGGCCGUACCUACCGUUACGCUCUCGUCAUUGACCACGGCAAGGUCACCUACGCCGCUAAGGAGUCCGAGAAGAACGUUCUCAAGGUCACCUCCGCCGAGCACGUUUACAACCAGCUGUAA